UGGCGGUUGCACCGUCCGGCCGCCUCUGUGCCCUGCCAGGGCUCGGCGUUCGCGCCCGCCUCCAGGCCGCAGGCGGCGGUUGCGAGCCCCGGUACAGCGGCGCGAGGCGGCAGCUGCCGCAGCGCCGCGCGGGCGGGAGAUGCCGAAGCUGCGCGGGGAGGCUUUCUGGCGGGAGACGCUGCGGAGCGCCCACUACGUGGUGGCGCCCAUGGUGGACCAGAGCGAGCUGGCCUGGAGGCUGUUGAGCCGCCGCCACGGUGCCCAGCUCUGCUACACGCCGAUGCUGCAUGCCCAGGUCUUCCUCAGGGACGCCAACUACCGCCGCGAGAACCUCUACGGCGAGGCCUGUCCCGAGGACCGCCCGCUCAUCGUGCAGUUCUGUGCCAAUGACCCUGAAGUGUUUGUCCAAGCAGCACUGUUGGCUCAGGAUUACUGUGAUGCCAUAGACCUAAAUUUGGGUUGUCCCCAGAUGAUUGCAAAGAGAGGUCACUAUGGAGCAUUUCUGCAAGAGGAAUGGGAUCUUCUCCAGAGAAUGAUUUUGCUGGCUAACGAGAAGCUCUCUGUUCCCAUCACAUGCAAAAUCCGUGUUUUCCCAGAAAUUGACAAGACAGUGAAGUAUGCACAGAUGCUGGAGAAAGCUGGCUGCCAGCUGCUGACUGUCCAUGGCCGUACUAAAGAACAGAAGGGACCACUUGCUGGCGUGGCAUCCUGGGAGCACAUUCAAGCUGUCAGAAAAGCCGUGAGCAUUCCUGUGUUUGCAAAUGGAAACAUCCAGUGUCUCAGUGAUGUGGAAGAAUGUAUCCGUAAGACAGGAGUGCAUGGUGUCAUGACUGCAGAAGGUAAUCUUCAUAACCCAGCUUUGUUUGAGGGCCGAAAUCCAUUGGUGUGGGAGAUGGCUGAGGAGUAUCUGGAGAUAGUGCAGAAGUACCCUUGUCCACUGUCUUAUGUUAGGGCUCAUCUCUUCAAGCUCUGGCAUCACACGCUUCAAGUUUACCAGCAGCUGCGUGAAGAAUUAGCAAAAGUGAAGACUCUAGAGGGAAUUGUAGAUGUCAACAGGGAGCUGAAGCUACGAUGCCAGGAAGAAAUAGCUAAUCAGAAAGAAGGAGAAAAGCCAAAAGAAGGGUUGCUUUUCCACUGGAUCUGUCAGCCAUACAUCAGGCCAGGGCCAAAGGAGAGAUGCAAGGAGAAUGGAACCAGGGGACUGAAAAAGGUGCGAGGGAAACGUGCUCUGGAAGAGGAUGAAGAUGGAAAUUCUGAGCUUCUAUCAAAGAAUAAGCAAAAAAAGAAGUUAAGAAAUCCAAAUAAAAGCUUUGAUCCAUCUUUAAAACCCAAAUAUGCAAAAUGUGAUCAGUGUGGGAACCCUAAGGGCAAUAAAUGUGUGUUUAACAUGUGCCGUGGCUGCUGUAAGAAAAGAGCAUUCAAAGAAACAGCAGACUGUCCUGGUCACGGAUUGCUUUUUAAGACCAAAUAUGAAAAAUCUCUUUUGUGGCAGAGCAGUCAAACAGCAAUUCAAAACCCAGAGAUCAGUCAGAGAGAUGUGGAUGUUGGGGAGACAGCUGUACUGAAGGAGGCUGAUGCCACCACAUUGUGAAGCUUUGGAAAUGAAUAAUAAAAGAGCUUCUGAAAGGCCUUUGCUUCCCUGGGCCAAAGAAACUGCCAUCUCCAGAGCACUCUCAGCUCUGUGAACUUGUUCCACAGGUUUAUUUUAAGUUCUGGACACGUUUAUUUAAUUAAAACGCUGCUUACUCAGGGAUUUUCCUGCAUUUGAAAUAAAAAGGAUGCAAUUAAGUUUCUCGUGUUUCAAGACUGAAAAGGCUGCAUUUGGGUUGGUGGGGCAACCAUGUGCUGCCGUCACAGUCUGCUUUCAUGUAAGUUUACUAGUCGUUCAUGUCACAUUUUUAAUAGUGAGGAAUAAAUUUCAUAUAUUAGAACAACCUCCUGGAGUGUUAAAAAAUAAUCAUGUUAAUGACUCUGUCACUAAUGGAAAAGGGCACGUCUGUCUUGAGUUUCAAAAGGCCAUAUUGUCACCGCAGAAAGGAAGCUGGGGUACUUUGAAAAAUGUGAACAUGUAAUACGUUGCUAUAACCACACUGUGGAUUAACAGUUACUGGUUUUAUACAGUAUGCUAAAGCUUAAUGCUGUCCCCCAAGCUAAAGGUCAGGAGGAAAAUAAAAUCUCUAUUUUCAUAGAGAGGGGUUGCUGAAAUAAUUUGCUAAAUUAGAACCGCAUCUAUGAACUGGUCCUUGCCCACAUCUCAUAACUACAUGAUCCUGUUUCUUUUCCAUACGAUAAGCGCUGUGAAAAAGUGCCUCAAAAUCUGCUGCAGUUCUACACAUACAAAACCCUACCCUGCCUGUCUUUUUCAAAACCUGCUGCAGUUCUACACAUACAAAACCCUACUCUGCCUUUUAUCUUUUUCCCCCUCCAUGUGCUUUGCAUGUCUCCUAGGCACUCAGUCAGUGCAGCUGUCUGUGUUCAGUAUGCUUUCUAGAAUCCUAAUUAUGGAGCGUCUUAACCUGCCUCCCAGACAUUCCUUUGGGAAGUUACGCUGAGUUUGAAAGGAAAUGAGCUGUAAACCCAGCACAUAGCAUCAUGGGGCUACAAAGCACUAUACAUUGCUGGAAACAGAGAAUAUAUACCUAUACCCAUACCAAAACAGCUGUUAAAGAUCUUUUUUAAAAAAAACAAACAAAAAACAACACAACUUUCAGGAACACAGAAAUAACAGCAUGCUCUGGUAACUAGAGAACCCCUUUUUUUUUUUUUUAACUUUUUUUUUUUUUAAAUGUUUCAAGAACUGUGCCCAUCUUAUGCAUAUAUGUCUAUAUCCAUAUGUACGUGUGUGCACCCCCCCCCCCCCCCCCCCCGAAGCUCAGGCAGGAUUUAGAGGUCUCAUCACCAGUUUAUAUUUCCUAACCUGCAUUACAAACUAUGUCAUAGAGUCAUGAGUUAAUACAUGGACUAGAACAGUGUGCUAAAGAGACCAAACUGCUAGGAACUGUAGACCUAUUUAAACCAUGGGGAACUAGUCUCACUCAUACCACUAACACUAAGAGAGCUCACAAGAUCAUUAGCUCACUAAGCAGAGCACCACAUGUGAAGCUGAGGCCUUGGCCUACCCUCAUAAGACUCACCCUUGUGCUUUCCUAGUCUGUGUUCAAAUUUUCCAUACAAUUUCUGCAGGCACAUUGUCUAUCAGCUGAUUAUGCAUAUCUUUAGCUGAACAUCUGGCUACAUUUAACAAUCUUUUAUCUAGCUCUUGCCAUUCAUUCCCACUUCAAGUCCUCUAGAGAGAUCACAAGAGUUAAGAACUUCAUAUCCAUUUGGAAGUUGAAUUAAAUACUGCCUAACAGUUGUGGCAUUCUACAGAUUGUGACAAUAAAAGUAGUUCAAACUCUCCUAAUGAGUCUUCCCAUUUCAUUUGUUCUUUAUUACAACAAAAUAUUUUCCAUGGUGUUCUCAGAAUAGCAUCUUCCAAGCCUUACUCAACUUGCUAACCAAGUCUUUCAGUAGCUUUCAUAAUUUCUGACUACCCUUGUAUUUAAUUCAAGUUUAGACACUAUCCUGGAAGGUUCUUUCUACUUCACCUUGUGAACAGGAACUAGCACAGAAACCCAGGAGAGGGAAAGAGUGUGGUAUUUAUCAAAGAGCUCACGAUUAGUGUGGGAGUACCAAGUUUAAAAAUAAUGCCUCUCUGCCUUAUUUAAAAAUGGAAAUUUAAAACCAUGCCACCUAUCUCCCAUGGAAAUACUCCACUCCUUCCCUUGCACAGAUACACACUUGUAAAGUGUUCCGAACAUAGUUCAGAAAAGCCCCUCUUUAAUAAAAAGCUAAAUGUUCAUAAUCGUAGCAUUUACAACUGCUCACUUAGACCCUUCCCACUUUUUGCAGUCCCCCCCCCCCCCAAUAUCAGGAAGAUCAAGCGUUCUCCCAUUCACUGUGCCAGAGAAAAUUCACAAAGUCAGAAAAGGCUUUUGCAUGAGAAACAUUCACUAUUGUAAGACAGUAGUGGACUGGUGCUAAUGUGAGUGAUCUGGGUUAUAUUCCUAACCAGACAGUUUGAUUUUAGAUCCUGUCUCCUAAGUACACAGUCUCAUCCCCAAAUCACCAGUGUGAAAAGAUCAAGCUGGCUUCAGGCUCCCGAAUUCAGGAAGGGCAUUGUAGUUGAGAGUCAUAAAUGGAUACAUCUGUACAGAAUUAGUAUUUAAGGCAUAUUUGUCCCCAUCUCCUCUUAACAAUAAGCAAUACCAAGAGACAUACACAUGUUUUUGUCUCCUGGCCCACUGUAUGGCAGAAGACUAAAGUGCUCCUAACAUAGGACUGGACUAGUGUUCAGUCAGGCCCUGCAACACAAAAUUCCCGGUGUGCUUCUAACUACAAAUCACUACACUAAUGAAAAAGAGAUGCAACCUGAACUUUCAAUAGACAUUAUAGAACAUCAUAAUUAAUAGAUUGCAAUCAAUGAGUUAACAAUGACCAGUGUAUCAAUUUCUUAACAACCAAUGGUUGCAAGUCAGGAGGCACUAUUACAACAUACAUAAAGCAGAACCAUUUGCCAUUUAUGCUGGGCACACCUGCACCUACAUUAACCAACUAGGGAUUGCUUUCACGCUGGGCAGUACGCUAGUUACCUGGCUUAUCUCUAAUAAAAAAAAAAUUGCAGCAUGCAAACUCAGCAAGAUUAUGUCCUAUUUUGUUUCUGUUUCAAAAACCUUCAAGAAGAAAUACACUAUU